CGUUAUAGCCGGGGUUUUAUUUCUCUUCACAGGCCACAGCUACCCCCAAAUCACAAAGGAUGCAUGCUUUGCAAUUGAAAAUUAGGGUUUAACACACCCUUUGCUCUUACUCACCCAAAUAAUUACAGUUUCAAUUCCUGUAUAUUGUGCAAGAUCCUUGCUGGGUUUCGUUAAAUUUAUCAUCUUUCAGCUUACAUAUAUGCCUUUUGAGCUUCCUUGAUUUACAUAUUGUUUUAAUUUUGCUUGCAAUUUCACUUAAAUCAAGAAAAUUGUAUUGGGUUUAUUGUGUUUGAUUAAUGGAGUCAUAUACAUUCUUUGUUAUAUGUGUUCUUCACUCUGUGGUAGCUUUAACUUGUGGAGCUAUAAUGAUGUUUUAUACUAAUGAGCUAGUUGUGUUUAGUCAUGGUAAAGAAACUGCUAGUAAGCUUACGGGCUCGACGCCUCAUGAUCAGUUGUUGAUCCAGACUUCUGAUUCUUUUUCGGGGUUGCUUUUGUUUGCGAUUGGGUUUUUAUUGAUGAUGGUGGCAUUUGUUAAGGAUAAGGAGUUUCAGGGGUUUUUUGCUAGAGGGUGUGUGUUGCUUCAUGUGGCGAUGGCGGUUUGGAGGAUUUACUUUGAUAGGAAGCUGGAGGAUCUUGGCGGGACAUGGUUGAGGUUGGUUGUUGGCGACAUUGUGUUGGGGCUGUCGUGGUGUUUCUUUCUUGUUUAUACUUGGAGGGAGAAGUAUGAUUGAUUUAUGAGGGUGCUGGCUUGAUUUUAUGAGUGAGAAGAUGAAAAUGGUGGUUCAGUCGGAAUGUUGGAUGAUGGAUUAUGGAUGUGCUUUGUUGGUGAUGAGAUGAAAAGGCUACAAGAAGCAGGUUUAUUGUUGUGUAGUUACAUGCUUAUAAGCUUGUUUUUGUGUUUGAUUUCCCUUUUUAUUGUUAGAAUGUAGUUACCCUUUCCUUGGUAUAGUCAUCAUAAAAUGUAAAAAAAAAUAUAUUGAACAAUUAUAAAAUUUGUGUUCCUGUAUCA